AUGAAACUUUAUUAUUACAGUUCACCAUCAAACAUUCACAUAAUUCGUAAUAGUGAAAAAUUAUGUGAUUCACAAACGGACAUUCUUGCUCUAGUUAUCAUAAAAGCAUCAAAUAUAUUAUAUCGUGAUUUAUUACGUCGUACAUGGUCUCAUUCUCGUACAUAUCAAAAUUUUACAUUAAAAACUCUAUUUGUUAUUGGUACAAGCAUGACGAUAACAAAUGAAACAUUAAAAUGGGAAUAUCAAAAUUUCCAAGAUAUAAUACAAUUUGAUAUACCAGAUCAUUUAGACUAUUUGCAACUUUACAAAGAAAUAGUAGCAUUCAAAUGGAGUGAGAGAUAUUGCUCACAAGCUAAAUUUAUUGUAAAAAUCAGUGGAAAUGUAAUUGUUGAUCCAUUUACAUUAAUUACACGAAUGAAAGAAUUCAUGAAUACUUCAACAUUGAAAUCAGUCAGUUCACACGGAAGAGAAUUACAUGAAAGCAAUAAAACUCAAAGAAAUUUUUCCAAGCAAUUUUCUGUUCUUCCGCCUGUUUUAAUUGGCGGAAUCCAAUUGAUUGAUGAUAAAGGAAUAAUUUGUUUAGAAAAUGUAAUGAAAUGUGGUGGUAUAUUUCUAUCACCUUAUCCAAUUUUAGCAUGUUGCUAUAGACAUCCGGUUGUUGAUCGAGAUGAUAUCGAUUACACACAAAGUUGGUUAUUCCUGUUACGAAAACAUGUUUCACUCAAAAUGUAUAGUGAAAUAUGA